AUGGCAGUGACAGAUACAUUUGACAACUUACUGAACUUCCGCGAUGUGGGAGCUCAUGUCAACGCCAGUGUUGGAACCGAAGUUCUCAAAACAGGCCUCCUCUUCAGAAGUGCCCGCCCCGACGAGGCUAGCGCAUCAGACCGUGCCCGACUCGUGCACCAGUACAGAAUAAAAACCAUCCUUGACCUGCGUUCCACGACAGAACACAUCAACGCCGCCAAAAAACGGUCAUCUGUAUCUCCCGUCACACAGUCUGCAGCCGUCACUGGGUCCAACGCUGCCAUCACAGAACACGCCGAGAUCCCGGGAAUUCACUACGCCAGGAUCAACCUCAAUGGGAAGGGUUUCGAACGGCACUUGAUCUGGCAGUUGAAGUAUACCAGUCUGGCGAAGCUGGUCCUUCUCAUGGCUUUAGGCUAUCGGACGGAGGGCAUAUCUGUGAUUGGGAAAGAACUGAUGCUGCCUCGUGGACUCACAGGCCUUGGAAUAGAUACUCUGGACCACAGCGGCCCGGAGAUCAAGGAAGUGUUUAACGUGCUUGCCGCAUCAUCGCGCUGGCCAGUUUUGGUCCAUUGUACCCAAGGCAAGGACAGGACUGGUUUGGUGGUCCUUCUGAUUCUGCUGUUAUGCAAGGUCGACCUUGAAACCAUCAGCCGAGACUAUGUCAGAUCCGAGCCAGAACUGGAGCCGGAGAAGCAGGCGCGGAUGGAAGAGAUCGCUAAUAUCGGACUGGACGAGUCGUUCGCCUUAUGCCCUCCCGAUUUCUGCCAGAAAGUGGCCCAGCAUAUUGAUUCAACUUACGGCGGCCUUAACAACUACCUGGACAAGAUCGGCGUUGGGGCCGACCAGCGUGCGCUUGUGCAGGCCGUUCUCAUGAAGAAACCAUGA